AUCAAGGCAUAAACUAUAUAGAUAUACAGAAAAUAGGCCAAACAUUGAGAUUUUUUUGACACAAGCAAGUCCAGAGAACGUUUACUAUGUAUGGUUACCGGCGCCCAAGAAGCCCCAGGGAUUCCCAGACAGAACCACAGAAUGACAAUGAAGGAGAGACCAGUUUGGCUACCACACAAAUGAAUCCACCCAAACGUCACCAAGUGGAGCAGGGUUCCAGUACAGGUGCAAAAAUACCCUCAAUUUCAGGAGCUCCACACCUGAAUUCAUGCCAGUCCCUGGAACCUCCCCAGGAGCAGCAGGAUUCUGGCACUGAGGAGCUCAUCAUAGUCCUGGAACAAGGGACAGAAGUGAGGCUUAGCCUGGAAGAGGGCAUCCUCAUCCUGGCCCCAGAGAGAGCGCUGCAGCUGACCCUGGAGAACACAGUCCUUGUGAUUGUCCCUGAGCAUGUCCUGAGUUCACAAGAUGGCCUGCUGCCCCCUGUGCAGAUCCAGUACAUCAUACCUUCCAUUGAUGACUUCAGCUUGGAGUUUUAUGCUCAAGAUGGAGACAUCUCAGAUAUGAGAAGGGAGAAUGUGACUUUUUCACCUGCAGAAGAAGAGGAGGCAGCACCCCUCUAUGAGCAGCCCUUGAUGAUAUCCCCAGCAAACGAUAUGGCUGGGAUCAGCCCCUCUUUCCUAGUAACUCCAUUGUGUGUUCCACAUUGUCUGGCAGCCUUCCCCCAACGCUACCCUCUACCACCCACACCUAGUCCCGUGGGACGCCCUAGACCAGCUGACUGCAGUUUCAGCCUGCAUGGUAUAGAGCUCUUGUGCACCUCCUCCCUCAGACCUAUGCCCCCUUCACCAAGUCCUGGUCCCCAGAUCUAUCACAGGGUUCACCAUAGGCCUCCCAGCAGGGCACGGAAAUGUCUCUUUGGGAAGUGAUUUAACCCAAGACCCACCCCCUGCUUU